AAAGAAGAAUGCAGCGAACGCACCAUCAUCACCCGCCCGCUGUCCCGUCAUGUUCGAACGUCUCAAAAGACACAAACGCUCUCUCCGACUCAGCUGCCUGCCCUGCCGACCCUCCCUGGCCCAGCUGCGCCAACACGUCAGCCAUCCUCUGGCGUACAUCAGCAGCACUGGCCUCCUGCCGCUGCUCAUGGUCUGCACUCACAGCCUCCUCUUGCUGCUGCUGCCGCGGCUGGGUAGACGGUGAGCGGAGUCUGUCGAUCUCUUGCUGCCGCUCGGCCUCUCCGUGGAAGGUCCAUGCAAUCACCCACCUGCAGGCCGAUAGAGCAACAGAGAGAGGGAUACACGUACGUCUCCCUCACCCACCCACUCGCCCACUGAUUGACCGUGUCUGUUUGCCCUGGUAUAGGGUGAACUCACGCCGGGCUGCGAUCUGAAAGGAUAGGUUGAGCAGGGUCGAGCAGCUAGCACGGGUACGAGCCGCCUGUUGUUCAUGUGUCGGCACCGCGUACCCCUGCCUCUGCGAGUCUUCUCUUGAUCUCUUUAAGUGUGGUCAGCCGUGCAACCAGACUCGUGUACCACCUGCAUUGCAAUGCACACACAGAAUAACACGGACAAGAACGUGCACCGCACAAGAAGAGAAUCCCCCCGUGCGUGCAUCCCGCCUACACAUACACGAUCUGUUUGGGCCGCUCUUGGCUCUCGGCGAUCAUUCUACACACGCACAUUCACAAUCCAGGGAGACUGCCAGCAUGGAAUGGCUGCCCUCACCUUGAGAUGAAGCCCAGCUCGCCGCCAUCACACACGAGCUCGCUGUGGCUGCCGUCAAGCGCCUGAUGGACAGACACCCAAUUCGGGAUGUUGUGUCUGCCCGCCGUGUCCGUACGUACCCGUUGUGGGUUGACGUGUGCCUUGUCGAUGGUGUCGUGGAAGGGCGGAUUGCACACACUGAAGGCAAACCUGCACACACGAACAGAUGGAUCGAUGUCGGCUGGCUGUCAUUUCAGCGCACCUCUCGUCGUCGUUCAGCACGCCCUGGAAGAUGUGUGACGCAUCUGCACAGCCACAGAGGGAGGUGGGGGUAAGAAAUGUUGCCUUGGAGCACCAAACUCACUCACCAGUCUGCAGGCGGACAUCAACCAACGGCCUCAUGUCAUCGUUGCGGUCAACAUUGGCCUGACCCACACACAGACAGACAGCUGUGCUGUUCAGUUUCGCUGUGCGAGCCGCCCACUUUCUCUCACCUUGGCGAGUUCCAGAGCCGCCGCAUCGACCUCGGUUCCCACCAUCCGCCACCCGUACAGCCGCGCACCAAGCAGAGAGUAGAUGCAGUUCGCACCGAUGCCACUGAAAGACAGCAAAAUGACGACACAGCCAACGUGUAUGAGCCGCCCCUCUCUCCCUGCUUGCUUGAGUACAUGUCAACGCCUCUGACGUCAGGUCCCUUGAGUAGCGUCACAUCGCUCGCAUCACCUGCCUCGCUAUCGGUGCCGCUGAUGAGGUCGGCCACGUAGUGGAUGUAGUUGGCGCGAGAAGGCACAGGCGGGCUCAGAUACCCACUGGGGAUCUCCUACGCGAGAGGCAGGCAGCAGGGCAGGCAGCGAUGUAUGUGUGCAGGUUUGUUCACUGUCCGGAUUGCACUGUGUGUACCCAUCGCAGCUGGUAGCAAUGAAGCAAAAGGGCGCGUGUGAGGGCCCGCAGCGCAUCCGGAUCUCCAUGGUCGAUAGAAGCGCCUCCAAACCGGUUCACGUACACACUGCGCACACAACACAAAAGCAAUCAACCACAGUCAGAAGAGGGAUACACUGCCUUGUCUGCCUGCCCUACUAUUUGUUGAAUUCCGGGAAUCGCUGCCCGAGGUCAAAGUAGUCCAGGCCGUCCCUGUGCAUGCUCCUGGGAUGCAUCCGCUCGUUGUUGCUGAUCGGCGCCUGGCCUCGAGGGACCUUCUUCUGCAGACGUCGGUCGUCGCCAUUUCCGCUCUCAGUUGACGCUUGAGGCUCACUCUUCCGCUUCAUGAUGAUUCGUCUGCUUGAUCUGGUCUGUUUGUCGGAGAUCCUGCUCGGUUGGAAAUGCGCAGAAAGGCCCUUCCGCGCCAGAGCUGACAGGUAGUCAGUCAAGCUCAAUUUAACGUGCUGUUUCAUUGUCGGCCAGGCAUCUGGCCUUCCCACUUGUAUUCAGCACGCCUCGGCAUCG